AUGGCGUCUCCAGCUGUUGGACUCAGUCCAGUGGCUUUCACUGUGAUUGGCAGUGCAUCGCAGCCCCAGCUGCGAGGAGCGGCUGUGAAGGCCCAGACUCAGAGGGAGUCUACAAACGGUGCUUUGCUCCUAAGCAGCUGUGCAUCAGCCUUGGGUGCCGCUGCGGUGGCUUCUGGACUCAAAGCCAGCCGCUUCGGGAAGAGGCGUAGCGGCACCGUGUGCCGUGCAACCGCCGUGAUGAACAAGGCAGAGAAGCUGGCAGUCCCUGGCAAGAUCCUGGACAACGUCGACAUUUUCAUAUUCGACUGCGAUGGUGUGAUCUGGCGUGGAGACUCCGUCAUCCCAGGAAUUCCUCAGGUGAUUGAAAACUUGCGCGCAGGGGGCAAGAAGCUCUUCUUCGUGACCAACAACUCGACCAAGAGCAGAGCCGGGUACAAGUCCAAGUUCACUUCCCUUGGUCUGGACGUGCAGCCAGAGGAAAUUUUCUCCUCAUCCUUUGCCGCUGCAGCAUAUCUAGAGCAGACUAACUUCAAGCAGACCGGCAAGAAGGUCUACAUCAUAGGAGAGAAGGGAAUUGGCGAAGAGCUGGAUCUUAUCGGUGUCCCAUGGUUUGGGGCUGAGGCAGACAAAGACAACCAGCCCAACAUGGGAUCCGGUGGUAGAGUAGAGGUCGACCACGACGUGGGCGCAGUGGUGGUAGGCUUCGAUCGGUACAUCAACUACUACAAGUUGCAAUACGCGCAGUUGUGCUUGAAUGAGCUGCCCGGCUGCGAGUUCAUCGCCACCAACUUGGACCGCGUAACUCACCUGACCGAUGCACAGGAGUGGGCUGGAAACGGGACGAUGGUCGGAGCAGUCUCUGGGUGCACCGGCCGCGAGCCCACUCUUGUGGGCAAACCUGCCCCACUGAUGAUUGAUUACAUCGCGAAGAAGUACGGUAUCACGGAUCGCUCCCGCAUUUGCAUGGUCGGGGACAGGCUGGACACAGACAUCGCCUUCGGUCGCAACAACGGUCUCAAGACUUGCCUGACGCUUUCGGGUGUGACCUCCGAGGACGAGUUGAUGGACCGUGUGCCGCGCAAGAAGGGCACGGAAGGGAUUCAGCCGGAGUUCUACGUGGAGACCAUCAACGAUUUCUUCGCGGGAGCUCCUUCUUCCGGACAAGCUGCUCCUCCAGCAGCUGCUCCUCCUUCACCUGCAGCUGGUAAUCCCUUCAUCAAAAAUUAG